GAGAGGAGAGGAGAAAUGAGGCAUUUGGAGGUUGCGGUAGCUAUGCCGGACGGGGGCAGUGCAGUUAUUGUUUGAAGAUAGGGCCUUUCUGCGGGCGGACAAUCGGUCGGAGGUUUGCCAGGCCGUUUUUUAAUUUGGGCUCUUGGCAGUUUGGAUCUUACUUCGAAGAAAAAGGGUGACCCACACCUUUUUACGCACAAGACUCCAAGCUGGCCUAUCUGCUACGCCGCCGCCGCCCAACGUUGGUGUCAGGAGCGUCAUCGACUUCCCCUCCCCCAUCUGCGGCGUUCUCUGGGCCCUCGCGUGCUGAUUUCUAGUCGUUUUUUAUUUAUCGGCCUUUAUAUUUAUAACUAUUUAUAACUAUACUGAAACGACUAUAAAAUAAUGGCAAAAUCAGGAGGUGGAGGCGGCGGCGGCAAUGGCAGUGGAGGAGCCGCUGGCGGCGGCGGCAGCGGGGGUCUAACCUGGGUGACACUGUUUGAUAAUCAAAACAAUGCUUCAAAAAAAGAAGAACCUGAACACACCAAUAAAAAUGAUUCAAAAAAGCUGUCUGUUGAGAGAGUUUAUCAAAAAAAGACUCAACUUGAGCAUAUUCUUCUCCGUCCUGAUACAUACAUUGGUUCGGUAGAACCUUUAACUCAGUUGAUGUGGGUGUUUGAUGAAGAUACGGGAAUGAAUUGUAGAGAUGUCACUUUUGUUCCUGGUUUAUAUAAAAUAUUUGAUGAAAUUCUUGUAAAUGCAGCUGACAAUAAGCAAAGAGAUAAGAAUAUGACAUGUAUCAAAAUAUCAAUUGAUCCCGAGUCAAAUAUUAUAAGUAUUUGGAAUAAUGGAAAAGGUAUUCCUGUUGUGGAACAUAAAGUAGAAAAGAUGUAUGUUCCUGCCUUAAUUUUUGGACAGCUAUUAACGUCCAGUAAUUAUGAUGAUGAUGAAAAAAAAGUUACAGGUGGUCGCAAUGGCUAUGGUGCAAAACUUUGUAAUAUAUUCAGUACCAAGUUUACAGUUGAGACUGCUUGCAAAGAAUACAAACAUAGUUUUAAGCAGACCUGGAUGAAUAAUAUGAUGAAGACUUCAGAUCCUAAGAUUAAACAUUUUGAAGGAGAUGACUACACAUGUGUGACAUUCCAACCAGAUCUUUCAAAGUUUAAGAUGGAAAAGCUUGACAAAGAUAUAGUAGCUCUUAUGACAAGAAGAGCUUAUGAUUUGGCAGGAGCAUGCAAAGGAGUCAAAGUAAUGCUUAAUGGAAAGAAACUACCUGUGAAUGGCUUUCGUAGUUAUGUUGAUCUUUAUGUAAAAGAUAAGUUGGAUGAAACUGGACUUGCUCUAAAAGUUACUCAUGAACUUGCUAAUGAACGCUGGGAUGUCUGUCUUACUUUAAGUGAAAAGGGAUUUCAGCAAAUUAGUUUUGUGAACAGUAUUGCUACCACAAAGGGAGGUAGGCAUGUCGAUUAUGUGGUAGAUCAAAUUGUUGGAAAAUUGAUAGAGGUAGUAAAAAAAAAAAACAAAGCUGGUGUUUCAGUAAAACCAUUCCAGGUAAAGAACCAUAUAUGGGUUUUUAUUAAUUGUCUUAUUGAAAAUCCUUCUUUCGAUUCUCAAACGAAAGAGAAUAUGACACUCCAACCGAAAAGUUUUGGGUCCAAAUGUCAAUUAUCAGAAAAGUUUUUUAAAGCAGCUUCUAACUGUGGCAUUGUAGAAAGUAUACUGAAUUGGGUGAAAUUCAAGGCACAGAUACAGCUGAACAAAAAAUGUUCAUCAGUGAAACAUAGUAAAAUUAAAGGCAUUCCAAAACUUGAUGAUGCUAAUGAUGCUGGUGGCAAGCAUUCUUUGGAUUGUACAUUAAUUUUAACUGAGGGAGAUUCUGCCAAAUCUUUAGCUGUCUCUGGUUUAGGUGUUAUUGGAAGAGAUAGAUAUGGGGUAUUUCCACUCAGGGGAAAAAUUCUUAACGUUCGUGAGGCAUCUCAUAAACAGAUUAUGGAAAAUGCAGAAAUUAAUAACAUUAUAAAAAUAGUUGGUCUACAAUACAAGAAAAGUUAUGAAGAUCCAGAGUCUCUGAAAACAUUAAGAUAUGGCAAAAUUAUGAUUAUGACUGAUCAGGAUCAAGAUGGAUCACAUAUUAAGGGUUUGCUUAUCAAUUUUAUUCAUCACAAUUGGCCUUCACUUCUGAAACAUGGUUUCCUUGAAGAAUUUAUUACUCCAAUUGUAAAGGCAAGUAAAAAUAAGCAGGAACUUUCCUUCUAUAGUAUUCCUGAAUUUGAUGAAUGGAAAAAACAUAUGGAAAAUCAUAAAGCAUGGAAAAUAAAAUACUACAAAGGUUUAGGCACCAGCACUGCUAAAGAAGCAAAAGAAUAUUUUGCAGAUAUGGAAAGACAUCGGAUUUUAUUUCGAUAUGCUGGUCCUGAAGAUGAUGCAGCCAUUACAUUGGCCUUCAGUAAGAAAAAAAUAGAUGACAGAAAAGAAUGGUUGACAAAUUUCAUGGAAGAUAGAAGACAACGUCGGCUGCAUGGAUUACCAGAGCAAUUUCUGUAUGGGACUGCAACAAAGCAUCUCACUUAUAAUGACUUUAUCAACAAGGAGCUGAUUCUCUUUUCCAACUCAGAUAACGAGCGAUCCAUCCCAUCUCUUGUUGAUGGCUUUAAACCAGGGCAGCGUAAAGUUUUGUAUACUUGCUGUAAGAGAAAUGAUAAACGUGAAGUUAAAGUUGCUCAGUUGGCUGGUUCUGUGGCAGAAAUGUCUGCUUAUCACCAUGGAGAGCAAGCUUUAAUGAUGACAAUUGUCAAUUUGGCUCAGAAUUUUGUUGGAAGUAAUAAUGUCAGCUUGCUACAGCCUAUUGGUCAGUUUGGUACUAGACUUCAUGGUGGCAAGGAUGCUGCAAGUCCUCGUUACAUCUUCACCAUGUUGAGCCCUUUAGCAAGAUUACUUUUUCCUGCAGUAGAUGAUAAUCUUCUUAAGUUCCUGUAUGAUGAUAAUCAGCGUGUGGAACCUGAAUGGUACAUUCCCAUAAUUCCUAUGGUCCUAAUAAAUGGUGCUGAGGGCAUCGGUACAGGAUGGGCAUGUAAGAUUCCAAACUAUGAUACCAGAGAGAUUGUGAACAAUGUCAGACGAAUGUUGGAUGGAUUGGAUCCUCAUCCUAUGCUUCCAAAUUACAAAAACUUUAAAGGAGCAAUCCAAGAACUUGGUCAAAAUCAAUAUGUAGUGAGUGGAGAAAUAUUUGUGGUUGAUAGGAACACGGUAGAAAUUACAGAACUUCCAGUUCGAACAUGGACUCAGGUUUACAAAGAACAAGUAUUAGAACCAAUGUUGAAUGGGACUGAAAAAACACCAGCAUUAAUUUCUGAUUACAAAGAAUAUCACACUGAUACAACUGUGAAAUUUGUUGUAAAAAUGACAGAAGAAAAACUUGCUCAAGCAGAGGCUGCUGGACUCCACAAAGUUUUUAAGCUUCAAACAAGUUUAACUUGUAAUUCUAUGGUACUAUUCGAUCAUAUGGGCUGUCUGAAGAAAUAUGAAACUGUGCAAGAUAUCUUAAAAGAAUUCUUUGACUUACGUUUAAAUUAUUAUGGUUUGCGUAAGGAGUGGCUUGCAGGAAUGUUAGGGGCAGAAUCUACAAAGCUUAACAAUCAAGCUCGCUUUAUUUUAGAGAAAAUACAAGGGAAAAUUGCCAUAGAAAACAAAUCAAAGAGAGAUUUAAUUCAGAUGUUAGUCCAGAGAGGUUAUGAAUCUGACCCUGUCAAAGCCUGGAAGGAAGCUCAAGAAAAAGCUGCAGAAGAGGAAGAAAUGCAAAAUCUGAAUGAUGAUAAUUCAUCUUCUUCAGGAUCUACUUCAGGUCCAGAUUUCAAUUACAUCUUAAAUAUGUCUUUAUGGUGUCUUACUAAAGAGAAAGUUGAGGAAAUCAUUAAGCAGCGAGAUUCAAAAGGAAAGGAACUCAAUGAACUCAAGAAAAAAUCUUCUUCUGACCUUUGGAAAGAAGAUUUGGCAGCUUUUGUAGAAGAACUUGAAAAAGUAGAAGCUCAGGAAAGAGAGGAUGUACUGGCAGGAAUGACUGGCAAACCCAUAAAAGGCAAAGUUGGUAAACCCAAGAUGAAAAAACUUCACUUAGAAGAGACCAUGCCUUCACCUUUUGGUAGGAGAAUAGUUCCACAGAUUACAUCAGCUAUGAAAGCUGAUGCCAGUAAGAAAUUACUAAAAAAAAAGAAGGGGGACCUUGAUACUUCAGCAAUAAAAUUGGAAUUUGAUGAAGAAUUUGGUGGCACACCAAUAGAAGGUGCUGGAGAAGAGUUGCUUAAUACCCCUGGUCCAGUGAUUAAGACCCCUAAGCCCAAGAGAGAGAAGAAAGAGCCUGGUACUAGAGUAAGAAGAACACCGUCUGCCACAAAGACUUCUGCAAAAAAAGUAAAGAAACGAAAUCCAUGGUCAGAUGAUGAAACAAAAUCUGAAAGUGACUUGGAAGAAAAUGACCCUGUGAUUAUUCCAAGAGAUUCUUUACUUAGAAGAGCUGCAGCUGAAAGGCCCAAAUACACCUUUGAUUUCUCGGAAGAAGAAGAAGAUGCUGAUGAUGAUGAAGAUGCCAACAACAAUGAUCUUAAUGAACUCAAAGUAAAAACAUCUUCAAACAUCAAUGACAGAGAAGAUGAAUUUGUGCCUUCAGAUAGUCUUGAAAAGGAUGAAUAUGAUUUCUCUCCAAUCAAAACAAAGCCUUCUCCAGAGAAGGUUUCCCAAGACAAAACUAAUCAAGAUUUUGGUAACCUGUUCACGUUUCCUUCUUAUUCUCGGAAAGCCAAUAUUGAUACAUCAAAAUUUGACAGUGAUGAGGAAGAUUCAACACCAGUCUUUUCUUCAACUUUUAUUCCAAAACAAACAGAGACACUUUCAAGUAAAACAGUUGUUACUAAAAAAGCAAAACUAUCAUCAGAUAUGCCCUCUAAGCUGAAAAGAUCUCCAAAACCUAAGAAGAUGGAACUAAUAAACUCUGAUUCAGAAUCUGAAUUUGGUAUUCCAAAGAAGUCCAUUGUUCCCAAAGGAAAAGGCAGGGGAGCGAAAAAAAGGAAAAUAUCCGGUUCUGAAAAUGAAGGUGAAUAUAACCCUGGAAGAAAAUCGCCCAAGUCAAUUCCGAGCAAGAAACUGAAGAAAACAGCCUUUGAUCAGGAUUCUGAUGUAGACAUUUUACCAUCUGACUUUGCUUCUGAAACAACUUCCAGGCCACGGACAGGUCGCGCAAGAAAAGAAGUGAAGUAUUUUGCAGAGUCUGAUGAAGAUGAUGAUUUUCCUAUGUUUUAAUUAAGUGCUGAAAGAGCACACAAACUUCCAACAAAUAUCUUAUGUUGUCCUUUUCUGUCGCAGACUUUUUGUACAUUUGACUUAUUUUAUGUGAUGUAAUUGAUGGUUUUUAUUAUUGUGUGUAGGCAUUUUAACAUUUUGUUCUUACACUUACAGUUUUAUGCUCUUUUUUACUCAUUGAAAUGUCAUGUGUCUGACCGGCUUGUAGAAAUGUUCUAGAGAGCUGUGCAAAAAGCACACAUUUUAAUUGUCAUGGUUGCAAACGGCAACUUUUUGAAAUGAAGUUUAAACAUUAAAAAUAUAAAACCA